UGGGUUCAGUUCGGUUUCACACUCGAACGCGAGCAGAAGUGUCCGCGAAUCAGUCUCAAAAACAUCUAUAACCAAAGCCCAAAGAACGAACACACACACACACGCACAGUCUGGAAAACAGAUCGUCAAGUGGCUCAUAACUAUAUUUUUUUUUUUUUGCGAGUGUGGUGUUGCAAGUGCCGAAAAAUCGAAAAAAUAAAAUUAAACGAAUCUCGAUCGCCAAUUUGGAUUAACAUACACGGACGAAACACGCAAAAUCAUCGGGGAUUCCGCGAGGAUCCUGGCCGACUCUACUUUUCAUCUAUAAUGCGGUUUGGUUGGCAGUGCGCUGCGACCAGAGCUAAAGGCAGCACCACGGCACCACCAGGCAUCGGAUACGUAAAGGGUAACGGAGGGGGGAACACAAUCGCCAGCGGAAGUGAAAGCGUCGUCUACCAUGCGAUGGCUCCCGCCCGUCCGCUGCUCCUGCUCCUGCUCGCCCACCUUCUCCUCCUCCUCCUCCUGCCCCAGUUGGCGCAUGGAAGGAGCACCACCAGCAGUGGUGGCCUCACCGUGAUCACCACCGCCAGUACCGCUAGUACCGCCAGUACCGCCAGCAGCGCCAGUACCGCCACCACCUCCAGCCACUCCCCGCAGCCCCAAGCAAUCGCGGCCAUUUCAAGUCCGCGCAAGCGCCACCGGAAGCGGAACAGCAAUUGGAUCGACUAUCGCAACUUUGAUGAGAACACGACGGCCCUCGAAUGGGCCAAUCCCUGCGGGGGCAACUACCAUCCCUCGGCGGGGGAUCGAUUCAAUCGCCAGCGUCCCAGGCAGAGCUUCAAUCAGCUGAAGCGACACGCCUUCCGGGAGUACCGCAGCCUGAACAGCAGCCAGGAUUCGGCCAUCGACAUCCGCAACAUGACCAUGUGGUCGCUACACACGCACAACUACAAGUUCCUCCCCAAACUCAAGCCCAAUUCCACGAUUGCCCUGAAGCGCUGGUACCGCAACAUGCAAACGUACGUGGCCAGCUUCGCGUAUCUGCGGCGGCAGCAGAUCCGCUGGGAUCAGCGGUCCAUCACCCGCGAGUCGAGUACCGCCCGCGAGCUGCGCGAGCUGCUUUUGAGCUCGCGGCGCAUCCUCUGCGAACUGGAGACGGCCGUCAAUCAGACGCAGAGUCCGCGCCAGAAGCAGCGGCGCAGUGGUGGAGCGGCGGUGACGGCGGCUACGGCGGCGGCGUCGGUGGUGGUGGUGCCCUCAACUCCGCCGGUGGUGGCCAUGGCCCAUCUGCCGCAGAUCUCGCGUCUCGAGAUGAACAAGCGUUUGAAGCUGCGCUCCAAGGCGGUUGGUGGCUCCGAUUCGGGUGGCUCCUCGCCUUUUCCAAAAGCAUCCGCUUUGGCUGCUUCCAUGGGCGAGGCGGACUCCAUUGACAUGCGGUUCGUGAAGCAUCACUACUACGACUUCCUGCGCACCAUGUACCAGCUGCUGCGGCGCGAUGGCAAGCGCGUGAAGAGUCGUCCGCGGAAGCAGCACAAGAGCAAGAACAAGAAGCUCAAGAAGCAGCAAAGGAAGCAGGAGCUGGCAGAGCAACUGGCAGAGCAGCGCUGGCGGAGCUCGACCAUGAACGGCAAGGAGUUCAACGAGGUGUCCAAGCCAGGUGCCGUUGGUAUGGGAAUGGGUAUCCAAUCUCCAACUGGCAGACGCGGCAAGCGACAGUCGAAACGCGUGCGGCGCACGUGAAACCUGCCUUCCCCCCCACCCCCUCCUCUCAUCAUAUAUACCCCUGUCCUGACCCCUUCCUAAACAAAAAUGACCCCCCCCACCCCCCUUCUUAAUUUAACCGUUUAUCGAUCUAUCGUAGCUUAAGUAAAUUAUUUGAUUGCCAGCACAGACUAUUUUCCCGAUUUUAUUGAGAGUAUUACAGACACACACACAUUCCGUAUUUAUUGAAGCUGACGACAGAGGAGCCUAGUUAUAGCGAACCCCUGUAAAACCCGCAAAUGCAGUUGCCGUUCUAGUCACAUAAGAGCAACCGCCAACCCACUGGAAAGUAUUAUUACCCCCCAUUAACCACCAGCCACCCCAUUGAUUACUAUGUGACCCCCUAAUUAGUUAAGCCAUCCCCUAGAUUAAGACUAGAUCCUAAGGCUCAAACCCUUUUUUUUCGUAGGCUUACUUGUGUUUGACAUCUGUGAUAUAGUGCUUGACUAGUUCGUAUUUAACCUAAUUGUAUAUAUAGCUUGGGGCUACUGCAUCCAUGCUUUCCUAGGCCUAAGCUUGCCCUUAGAAAUCGAUUUUCGUAUUUAUAGAACCGACCGAUAUAUGAC